AAGAUCAGUAUCAUUUUCCACUCCGACCUUAACGCACACCUAAAAAUAAGUAAUAUAAUUCACCCUAGCUUCCGUAUCAAGUUACAGUAUUUGUUCGCUUUCUUUAUGUGAAUUUGAAAACCAAAUAUUUUCAACUGAGUCACUCCAAACAGGCAGUUUCACCACUGACACAGCGAACAUCGGGAUUGAGAUGGCCUCGCUCCGGCGGUCACAUGGCGGCGGUCGCGACUUCCUGCAGGAGAACAAGCAGAACGUGGCCCGGAUGGAGACCAACGGCAGGUGCCUGGCGGCGGCCCACGCCCGCCGGGUGCCCCUGUGGCGUCCAGUGGUGCUCCACUACGCGGAGCGGCUGCGUCCCCAUGGCUACAUUGGCCAGCAGCGCCAGCGCCAGCUCCAUGACGCCCACGAAGCUCCGGAUCUGAGGAGCGGUCUGGCCCAGCCGUACGGCUUCAGGCACCAGGCACUGCCCAAGCUGCCGAAUCUGUGCGAGAUGGCCCAAGCCAUGGCGGUGCGCAAGGAGCAGGAGCGCUUGCAGGGCGGCUGGGAGGACCAGCAGAAGAAGCCACCGAUGAGGUGCAACGGCUGUCACUGUCAUCACGGACAUCAGGGUCCCCAGGCUAAUGCAGUGUCGCUCCGCCAGGGUCACCAGGCUGAGACAGCGUCUCUUCGUCAGGGUCAACAGGCCGAACCGAUGCCUCCCCAGACAGAAGGGGUUCCUCUUGCUAAGGGUCACCAAGCCGAAGCGGAGGCAAAGAUGUCCAAGCAGGGAGAAGGUGAUCAGGCGGAUCGCAUUUCCCUGGUUUCCCGAGCAUCCCGCGUGUCUCGCCGCUCCCAGAGGAUGCCAAAUCCCAGCCAGGAGAACGCCGAUCCCGAGGCGCCCUUGAGUGCCCGCAGCAGUGCCUCGGCCAAGACCCUCAAGUCCAGGCGAUCCGUCUCCCAGGAGAGUGUCCGCUCGAAUGCCACCAUCAAGUCCAACAUCACCGUGGCCUCCAGGAGCACCACGGCCUCGAAGAGAUCUCAAGUGAGUCGCAAGUCGCAGCUGAUGGAGGUAAUGCCGCCGCCAACGCAUCUGCAGGACCAGAAGCCCAGGGAGAGGGAAGUGGAGAAGCCAGCGCCCACCGCCUACGAGGGCUACACACCACUAACGGCCACCGAGCGGAAUGCUGCUCUCCAGGAUGCCCAGUUCAAGUACGGCAAGCUCGUCGAGGAGUACAACCAUCUGCCCGUCUCGGAGCCCACUUUGCGCGUGCGCAACCGGAAGAUCGCCAUCGAGAAGCAGCUGGACGAACUGGACUACGCCAUCAACAUGUUCGACCAGCCCAACCUGGAUAUGUACUACAAGAAGUGAAGGUCACUCCUCGCUCGUUAAUCGUUUCAAGGCACGUUGCCCCUUUCCAAAUUGAGUUGUUUGUCGGAAACCUUGGCACACAUAUGGAAAGGAUCUGAGUUCAAGAAACCUAAAGAAAAGAUCAUAUAACGCAAGGAACUGCUACUAAACUUACAAAAACUGGAUGACAAAUAGCUUAUAAAAGCUACUAAAAGGGGUUUUCUGAGAGUAACCCAAAAAAAAAGAUAGAACAACAAACUAAAAACCGAUAAGAACCAUCGAGCCUAGAAUUAAAACAAUUACACUAACCACAAUAAGAAGAUGGAACUAGGAAAUUAAUUAUGAAGAACUUAAACCAGGAAAAGCGAGAACAUGAAAUCAAAUGGGAAUAUAAAAUCAAAAACAUUAGUUAAUGUCCUAAAUAAAUUUUAAAGCGUCUGAAGAUCCCAUAA